UUCUAUUUGCCCUUAGUUGAAAAAAUAACUCGCUAAAUAUGAAAGCAAUCGAAUUAUUUUCAAGUUCUAUAGAAUAUAGAUAUAAAACUACAAUUUGUUCUUUGAGUACAUUUUUUGUGUCGGUAGUAUUUUUAAUAAUAGUUCUCGCCCCAGUGUAUUUUGUUCACCAUGCAGGAGGAUUCUGGUUAAGAAGUCGAACGUAUUACGAAAAUCCGAAAGUGAAUUUUAAGCACAAAUAUUUCCUCAUCGCAGAAAACGAGGACGACGCAAAUCCCAUUAUUUGCUCCUCAUUUGUUAGUUACAAGAGCAAUAAACUUCCAGAUCACUGCUCGUUGAUUAAGGUGAGAGAAAUAGAUUUAAAUAAAGAUGGACUGAAAGACGUUUUAAAAUUCGAAGCACGUUUCUUCAGCAGUCAUCCUAUACGAUCUUUAAAGCUACUCUUGUUUUUCAAUCAUGAACUCAAGAAUUAUGUCCAAGUCACGAUGGAAACGAUGGGUGUUGUGGAUCUCUCAUUAAUUCACGACGUGCAAAAAAUAUAUUUUCUUGGGGAUCUAAUAUUGCGUCAAAAAGGUCUUUUGCGUCACGAUGGUUUAUAUAAUUUAUAUAAUUCGAGUACUGAAAUUGACAUGCUGUCCCUGCCUCAAUUGUUGUCAGAAAAUGCAAAGAGAAUGUUUUCUGCGAGGAUUAUGAGUCCUCAAAUUUCGUGGGAAAGUGGUUUUUCAAAAGAAGAACAGAUCGUAGUGGAGGGAGACAUUUUUUAUACGGAGCAAUCGAUUCGCUAUCUACCUGGGGUUCUGGAGGAACUCAAGUGGGCCUGGAUGCAAUAUUUGUCCUUUUUAUUGGUCCUGAUUUAUUUAGGUAGACGGGGCUUGACUUAUUUAUUUUCGAGUAGACACUUAAGAAGUUACGUCGUGAUUCCGUGGAAGUCAUUUCUUUCUAAACAUUCAAAUACUUUAGCCAUGUCCACAAGAUCAAAGGAAAAGGUGGUGGCGGCUUUUCGGAAGCUAUUUCGAUCUUCGGAGAAAAUCAGCGAACAAGAAGGCGCUGGUGGUGGCUCAACAAAUUCGCCUUCUCGUCGAUUACUGAGUCGUCAUCAUCGCCCGGAUGCGGUCACACCAGCCGAAGGAUCUCUUCCUGAAAAUCCCGGAUCGAGCCACAUGAACCAUGCCAGCUGCUUUUUCAAAUCCAAAAAAUCAGCCGAAACGUGUUCACAGGGCGUUUCAGUACCAGAAAGAGGAGUUCGAAUGCGUCGUUUGAUGAAGGAGCUCAGUGAAAUACAGAAAACACAGAAUCGUAAAGAUUCGACUUUUACAGCAGAACUCGUGAAUGAAAAUUUAUUCGAGUGGCAUAUCAGAUUGCACAAAAUUGACCCGGAAAGCAAAUUGGCAGCUGACAUGAAAGAACUCGAUAUACCUCACAUUCUACUUCACGUUGUCUUCCCAGAAAACUUCCCUUUCGCACCUCCUUUCAUGAGAGUGAUAUCGCCCCGGAUUGAGAAGGGAUUUGUGAUGGAGGGUGGUGCGAUAUGCAUGGAACUGCUCACGCCCAGAGGAUGGGCGAGUGCUUACACUGUCGAGGCUGUGAUUAUGCAAUUUGCUGCUAGUAUUGUUAAGGGCCAGGGUCGAAUAGCGAGAAAGCCAAAGACAAAUAAAGAAUUCAAUCGACGCUCGGCCGAGGAGUCAUUUAGAAGUCUAGUCAAAACACACGAGAAAUACGGUUGGGUCACUCCCCCCUUGGCAGAAGGUUGAAAAGGCCGAAGACCUUUUAAAAAAAGAAGUGCCACAAAAAAAAAGGAAAAAAAAAACCAAGAAGGAUCCGCGUUUUUUUUUUCGAAAAACGUUAUCCAAAUCUCCCAACGAUUGUCCCUUCUUCUCCGAAUCUCGUGCCACUUUUCUAAGUUAAGAAAUAAGAAUGUUGAUUAGCAGAGUACGAUUUUAUCGCAAUUAAUUCUAGAUGAUCAUAGUUUCUCGUUCGUGUUGGGAUUCUCUGAUUAUAUUAUCCGAUCUCUUGAGUGACUGUUACGAGGAUUGUUAGAUUAUGUCUGGAAGAGUUAUUUGUUGCAGUUGUGGAUUUGUAACAAACAAUAUGGUCUUGUUCUGGCGGGCCGCUAUUUUUUACAACGAUUUCAUUCAAUUUCGUCCUGUCGCGCCAUUCGUCGCUCAUUAUUCAGACGCACUCGGUAAGAUCAAAUUAAUAAAUCGAAUUUGCCUGAAAUUCA